AGUUGCAUAUAUAAACAGUAGUCCAUUGGUAAAUUCAUUCAGAAUUUUGAACACUCCAGCUCAGUGCAGAAUGAACAAGGUAAACAUUGUUGUCCUGGCUCUAACUGCUUUGGUUGUUGCUACGGCAGCAACCAAGCUCAUCACUGGACGCUCCAGUCGCUGGGACCAGAUGAUCCAUGACCAUGAGACAAGACACAAGAGACAAACUGGGCGAGAGUGGAGAACCGUUGAUGAAUCUUGUGAUGAUCUUGGUGAUGUGACGCGGUUUGACCAACUAGGAAGACGUAAUUCUGGCAUUCUGGCUCCAGUGGCAGAUCAGGGAGGCUGUGGUAGCUGUUGGGCAUUUGCAGCAGCUCAUGCAGUGUCUGAUACAAGGAACAUAGCAGCUGGUAGACAAUUGGACCUGCUCUCCGCUCAAUACACUACCCGAUGUGCCGCCGCACCAAUAAAGAGUGGGUACGGUUGCUGUGGAGGUAACACUGUGAGAGCUCUAAGACACUAUCGUGACACUGGGGUUGUUACAGACGUUUGUUUGCCAUAUAUUUCAAGCAGCUCAAAACCACUGGACGGAAUUGCAAAAGAUAACUUUGCCUGGAAAGCAAAUAAUGCCCUAACUUGUUUUUCAGAAUGUGCAGAUAGAUCAAACUUCAAUCCACAAGCAAUAACAAUUGACAGCUACUACGCCACGUCAACUUACACUGAUGACACCAUAAUAAAUGCUCUGAACAAUGGACAGGCAGUGAAAGCUUCGAUUAAGACAAACAUGGACUUAAAACAAUACAAGUGUGGUGUCUUGACAACAACACCCCCAGCUUUGACAGAGAAGUCUACCCAUUCUGUUACAAUUGUGGACUACGGGAGCACUGACACUGAAGUCGAUUUUUGGGUGAUUAAGAAUAGCUGGGGAAGCAAUCGUGGAGAGAGUGGGUACUACAGAGUGAGGAGAGGAGAAGGAGACCUCGGAAUUGGACGCUAUCCCAUAGCCUUUCCAUUACUUUCCCCAGAAUCAACAACACCAUCAUCAGAUUUUACUGCAGAAAACGAAGAAACAUGCGCAGCAGAGGAUGUUACCAAUCCACAAAACAAUGACAUUACAAUGAGUGCAGUCGACUUCGCACUACAAGGUCUCGUUGACAAUCAGCAAGUCCAGUGCCCCAAUGGAGUAGCAGCCACUGGUCUAAGCUUGGUCUCUUUUGAUGAUGCUGAUGUUCAAGUGGUGGCUGGUAUGGUGGUGGAGUUGAUUGUUCAAACAAGCUUAGAAGGAUGUGGAGCAACUGUAACAAGACGUCUAACUUUGACAGUGUUUAUCAAUCUCGACGGAAUGUUUACCCUCACAGCCUACAACAUUGGAGACACCAUCGAAAACACGGCUAAGAUCCUAACUGCCUCUAUGCUGCUACUGUUUGCCAUGGUGAUGAUCAACCUCGUGAUUAACAAGUAAAGCAAGAGCAGAAAUUUUAAGCAAAGCUAUAGCUGUACGUAUAGUUACUAAAAAAACGUUUCCCUAUAUAGGUAAGAUAUAGUUAAUUUAUAAUAAUUAUUAUACACAUAAUUUAAUUAUGCAUAAUUAUUAAUUGUUUUGACCCUC